CCUUUGUCUGGUGGACUGGAAGCCGCGCGCACGCGAUGUGGACCCUGUUAGGACGAGUCAUCCUCCUGCACCUGAUCACCAUCCGGCCUCACCCGGGGGAAGGGUCCGACUCCGACUGCGAUGACGGACAGUUCCAGUGCAGGAACAAGCGCUGUAUCCCGACUCUGUGGCGAUGCGACGACGACGACGACUGCUCCGACAACAGCGACGAGGAGGACUGUCUGAAGAGCACGUGCGACCCGGCGGAGUUCGCGUGCCAGAACGGACAGUGUGUGUCCAGCCGGUGGCUCUGCGAUGGAGAACCCGAGUGCUCUGACGGAUCAGACGAGGCCGAGUCAACCUGCACAGUGAAGCAGACGUGUCCUCCAGAUAAGUUUGACUGCAGGGGGAGCUGUGUGUCUCUGGCGUGGAGGUGUGACGGAGAGAGAGACUGCGAGAGCGGAGCGGAUGAAGAAGGCUGCACUGCCGACACCCGGUCCUGCGCUUCCGGAGAGUUCCAGUGCCGUAACCUGAAGUGCAUGUCUCCGGCGUACGUGUGCGACGGCGAUGAUGAUUGCGGCGACGGCACCGACGAGGAGCAGUGUUCCCCGCCAUCGUGCGGCCCGCUCCAGUUCCGCUGUAACACCACCGAGUGUAUCCCGCAGCCCUGGACCUGCGACAGAGACCCCGAUUGUUUCGAUGGAUCAGACGAAUGGGAGGGGCUGUGCGGCGACGGGGCCGGGCGAACGCUACUGCCCGCAAGUCCGAGGUUGGAGUGCAGGGCAGGACUGUUCCGCUGUGGGAGCGGAGAGUGCGUCAAGAUAGCGUGGAAGUGCGAUAAACAUCCGGACUGCAUGGACAGAUCAGACGAGUCCGACUGCCCUCUCCUGACGUGUCGGCCUGAUGAGUUCCAGUGUGGAGACGGUUCUUGCAUCCACGGCAUCAAACAGUGCAAUAAAGCCUUUGACUGUUUCGACAGGAGUGAUGAGGCUGGCUGUGUUAAUGCCACAAAGUGCGCAGGCCCUUUGAAGUUCCUCUGUAGAAACGGAGAGUGUAUCGACGGGGCGAAGGUGUGUGAUGACGUCAAGGACUGCAAGGAUCGAUCGGACGAGCCCAAGAGGGAAUGCGGUUUAAACGAAUGCACGAUGAACAACGGAGGCUGCUCUCAUGUCUGUGUGGAUCGACCCAUCGGCUACGAGUGUCAGUGUCCCGCCGGGUACAAACUCCUGGACAAAAGGACGUGUGGAGACAUCAACGAGUGUGAGAACCCGGACGCUUGCAGUCAGAUCUGCAUCAACCUUAAAGGAGGCUUCAAGUGUGUGUGUCACCCCGGCUACGAGACGGACCCCGUGAGCAGAACCUGCAAAGCGGAAGGGAAAAGUCCGUACCUGCUGUUCACGAACCGACACGAGAUCCGGCGUAUUGACCUGGUGAAGCGGGACUACACGCAGGUCGUUCCCACGCAGAAAAACGCCAUCGCAAUCGGCGUGGAUGUCGCCGCCAACCGCAUGUUCUGGUGCGACCGCUUUCAUCGCAAGAUCUACAGCGCCUACAUCCACGAGGCGAGCGACCCCACCCGUCACGUGACCCUGAUCGACUCGGGCCUGCUCUCCCCAGAGGGUCUGGCUUUAGACUGGGUGCAGCACAACCUCUACUGGACCGACUCGGGUCACGGCUGCAUCGCGGUGGCUUCGUCUGACGGCAGCAGGAGGCGUGUCCUGAUCGACACGGAGCUGAGCGAACCCAGGGCCAUCGCCGUGGCCCCCGAGCAAGGGUUCAUGUUCUGGUCCGACUGGGGGACGAGACCCAAGAUAGAGAAGUCUGGGAUGAACGGAGUGGGCCGGCAGGUCCUAGUGUCCGAGGGCAUCGAGCGGCCCAACGGCAUCACGCUGGACGUGGUGGGAAAGCGAUUGUACUGGGUGGACUCAAAGCUUCGUCUGAUCUCCAGCGUGGACUUUAACGGAGCUCAGCGCAGAGUCAUCCUGUCCUCCAGUGAGAGACUCCUCCACCCCUACGCCCUCGCCGUGUUCGAGGACCGCGUGUACUGGACGGACCGUGAGAAGGAGGCGGUGUACAGUGCGAACAGGCUGACCGGGCAGGACGUGACCAGCCUUGCCGAGCGCCUCAAAGAUCCACAUGAUAUCGUGGUGUUCCAUGAGCUGAGUCAACCUCAAGCUGCAGACAGCUGUAACCUGGCCGGCGUGAGAAACGGUGGUUGCGCCUUCCUGUGCCUGCGCGCUCCUCAAAUCAGCGACCACUCGCCCAAAUACACGUGCGCCUGCCCCGACGGCGAGGAGCUGAGCCCCGACGCGCGCGUGUGUGUCCCCGUCCAGAACGUCACGGUCGCACCAGCGUUCCCCGGCGUUUCUCUAAACAGCACCUCGGCGAUGGAGGCAGGGGUCGGUGCGGCGACCUCAAGGUCAGAGGUCAUGACCUUCCAGGCUAAGACGGCGCCACCCAAGUCCGCGCUGAACAUCACAGCGGUGUCCACGCGGAGCCCGACUGUGCUGCUGAGCACCGCUACAGGACACACCAGCAACCUGUCUCAUCACUCUGGUAAUGAGUUGUUCCUGCUUGGACACAGCGUCCCCGUGGCUGUGCUCAGCGUUGGAAUUCCCAUCGUGGCGCUCCUGCUGAUUCUCUCGGCUUCCUGUCUGAUUUAUCGUAACUGGAGACUCCGGAGCACUAAGAGCAUGAACUUCGACAACCCCGUGUACCGUAAGAGCACGGCCGAGGCCGAGGAGGACGAGAUCCACAUCGGGAGGAACGAGGGGCUCGCCACUCACCACCACCCGUACCCGGUGCCCGUAGUCAGCACGGCGACGUGUCCGCCCUUCAUCGCCCUGCCCCUGGGCGGCGCCGUGACGGAUCCGGUCCCGCACUGGUACGCGGAGCCACCCAGCGUCCCCGCCGCCAAGUGAACGGUGGAAGUGUGAGAGCCGGGGUUUCCAUGGAAACGGUGUUUAACGUGUGUAACGAGGCACUGAGCUGAGGCCGAGUGUCAAAAGUUUGUACACCCGCUAGAUUAUACAUAGCGACGGGUGUGUGUGUCUCUGGAACGGUCCGAUGUGUGAAUGAAGAGUCUUAAAGAGAGCGGUAAUGUAACGAUACAAAUUAGACGCCGUGCUGUAGAGCUGCAGUAGCCCCGCCCCCUUUACUCAGGAGAGAGAGAGAGAGAGAGAGAGAUAACGGAAAUAAAUACGCAGAGAACAGACGGGACAGGAUGAGUCACGCCACAUGAGUCAUUUUUUCCGAUCUUAAGGAUAUUUAUGCAAAAUAGCGCUACUGUACUUCCGCUAGUCACAACAUUGCACCUUUAACGCAGAGGUCGUGUCCCAAACGCUUUCUGAAGGUGCAGUCAGUCGUUUUAAAAUCUUCAACAUAUUAGUUAUAAAACUGGAACAGAGGAAACUUGUGUUCACGCCACAGACACGAGAGGAACCGCAUGCUAACGGAUUAAUUAGCGCUUUGUACAUAAUGAUGUUUUUAUAAUGACAAAGUUUUUAUGGAAACACGCUUAAACGGUACUUUUGUCCGCGUCCUACGCAACAGCAGGCUGCUGCAGGGAAAUCACGAGAAGUGUUGUUUGUAAUAAUCACAAAAUGUCAUCAUUUUAUCUCAUUACGCGCAUAAUGAGGUUUUGUAUUUCUGUCCUGCCCGCUGCAGCCAUGGCCGCUGAAACAGUUUCCAAAGCUUGACACCACUAGUAGGCGCUGUAACACCCAAAAUGACUUUCUCUCUCUCUCUCUCUCUCUCUCUCUAUCUCUCUAUCCAUCAGUCUUGUUUCUUCCAGACUGCAGUAGCGGAGUAAAGGAGCAUUAGCACUGCAUUAACCUGCUGCAUUUACGCGUUGUAAUAAACUUAAGCUAAGAGCUUGUCUUGUUCGUCAGUGGAACACUCCGCGUGGAACCUGUUUACAGGAAACAGGAGGGACACAGGGGUUCUGUAUCUCAUGUGUGGACUGGAGUGUGUAGUAUUGUCUCAGGGAGUUGGAACACUGUGUGUGUGUGUGUGUGUGUGUGUGUGUGAGGGUUACCCCAACAGAUCCCACAGCAAUAGUAAAUACACCCUCAUUUUUUUGUUGUUGUUAUAUUUGCGACCCGUUUAGACCAGACGUCUGGUUCUGAUUACAGCAGACAGGAGUCAGACUCGCUGAGGACAACUGUCUGAGAGACAGAGGAGAAAACGCUUGUCUUCACUGCAUUCGGAUUACAUUUUUAACAAUGGACACAGAUUUACACAAAUCUGAAUUUAAAGGUUUUAAAUUAAAAUUUUUAGACGUUCAUCAGAAAUUCAUCAGACGUGGCAGUGACCUUGAGUGACCUUGAGUGAC